CUCAUACACAUACAGAACUCAACCUAUGAUUGACUACUGCGCAGGCCUUAGAGCACUGCGCCCAAAUCGGUGACACCGCGCUCGCGGCGCUUCGCGAAAGAUUGCUAGGCGCCCGAUCGAGCGCUCACCGCGAGCUCAAUUUGUCAGCAAAGUUAUCGUCACAACUGCCCUGACCAAAGCGGCAGCCGCGGCGAAGGCUGAGGCUGCCGGAACCGAACACUUUAAGAGUUUGCAGUUAAGGCCGAGGCCGAAUCCCCCUACGUGGAGACAACCGCCAGGCUGCUGCUGCGACCUGCGAAUCCGCAGCUUAGGGCAGCUCUUGUCGCGAUUUCAGCUGAGCGGUGUGCGAUAUGCUGCAGCCGGCGGCACGAGCGGCACCAGCAGCAGAGGGUGUCCAGGGUUCCGAUAGCCCAUUCGGCGCCAAUGCUCCGGCAGGAGCGACAGCGGGCGACCCACGGCGCGAAGGUGGUGGCGCCCGUGAGUCCGUCUUGUCUGUGGGGUGUGUCACAGGGCGUGUGUGUGCUGCAGCGCCGUCCGCUCUUCUGGAGGCGUCGGCACUCCCAGCUGGCACCGAUGACACGGGUGUGGGUAUGGGCACGGGUAGGGAUGUGGGCACGGGAGUGGGCAUGGGCAUGGCUCGUCGCCGUGCCGCCAGCAGUGGCUGCCUGCAGGCGCAGCUGGAGGCACAGAUGCCGCUCUGGCAACCAGCAGCAGUAGCAGCGGCCGUGGCAGCAGCGGCAACUGCAGUAGCAGGGCCCGGCGGGAGCAGCGCCCCGGGUGCCGCUGCCGGCAGCACCGCUGGCGCCAGCGGCGGCUCUGGCUCUGGCUCUGCUGAGGUCCGGGGGCUGGACGCGCUGCUGCAGCUGCGGCCACCGCCGUCGGACGGCGGCGGUGUGGAGGAUGCUGGAGGUGGUGCGGGUGAUGGGUAUGGUGCGGGGGAUGCGGUUUAUGGUACCGGUGGCGGCCACAUGCCGGAGCCGCCGCAGCCGCCUCUAGGCCCCUUCGGCCGAGCGCGCAGGCACAGCAGCGGCCACUAUGAGAGCUACGGCGGCGGAGCGGCGAUAGCAGCAGCAGCCGCAGCGGCGGCGACAGCCGGCGUUGUGGACGUGGGCGUGGCGUGGCUCUUCCCCUCCUUCUCCACGCCGCCCCCGCAGCCGCCCCCUCCACUGAUGAAUAGCGGCAUCCGUAGCGGCGGCACUUGCAGCGGCAGUAGCGGCGGCAGUAGCAGCAGCCCAUCCGGGCAAGGGGGCCGGUCGCAGGGGCCAGAGGUGGAGGCAGCUGCGGAGGCGGAGGCGGCGGGGGGUGCGGGUGCGGGUGCGGGGGCGGGGCCGGGGGCACUCGCCGUGGGGCCCACUGCACUCACGCCACCUGCUGAAGCAGGAUGGGCAGCACCGGCGUGCAGUGCUGGUGGUGCUGGCGGCUCGCCGGCCCUGCUACUGCCGCCGGCGUCACCGCCGCCGCCGCCACGGCACGCGCUGCUACUGCCGCACCUCCAGCACCUCCUGCUGCCUGCUGACCCCGCCGGCGGCCCGCUGGCCGGCGCAGCAGCUGCUACAGCCGGCGGCCGCAGCGGCAGUGGCAGCGGCAUGCGGAGCAGCAGCGCUGUGGGCGGCGGUGGCGGCGGCGGCGGUAGUAUUGCAGCGCCCAGUGUCGCUGCCUCGGACAUGCCGACGCUGACGCGCCCCACGCCGACACGCCACCCGCCGUACCUGCACCCCCACCCCCACCCCCACCCGCACCUGCUACUGCCGGCUCUGGACCCAGUGCCCGAGUGUGCGCUGGAGGCGGACAGCUCCGCCGCCUCACUCGGCAGUAGCAGCGCCGCCGCCACGGCGGGCCUCACCGCCCUGCCGCCGCCGCCUCGGCACGCCUCGGAAGGUGGCAGUAGCCCCGAGGCAGCAGCAGCACCAGCACCAACAGUAGCAGCACCAGCAAUAGCAGCACCAGCAGUAGCAGCACCAACAGUAGCAGCACCAGCAGUAGCAGCACCAGCAGUAGUAGCAGCAGGUCGGGCCGCCCUGGUCUCCGCAUUCAGCCGUGUGGCACACGGCGCGGCCGCCGCCGCCGCCUCUGGGCCGCCGCCGCAACAGCAGCCGCUUACGCCGGUGUUGCCCGACAACGGGGCGCCCACAGGGGCGGCGGCGGCGGCGGCGGCGACAGCGGGCUUUGGCAGCAUUGCGGAGGUCGCACCAGCAGAUGCGGCCGCGGGCUUUGGCCCGGGUGUCGGACCUGCCUCCAGCUCCGGCUCUAGGUAUGUGGUGGGGAGGCAGGCGGUCGCGCCGCCGCCGCCAGCAGCAGCAGCACCACCUGCACCCGCUUGCGGGCCGGCGGCAGCGACCCAGGACCCUUGGGCGGCGGCGGCGGCGGCGAGGCCAGGUGCCAACGGUGCAGCCGCCGCCACUACUGCGGCGGCAGUGGCAGCGGCAGCGGCAGGACCCGAGCCUCCUGCUGCCGGGUCCGGCCGCGUGCUGCCGCCGCCGCAGCAGCAGCCGCAGCCGCAGCGGCAGACGCACAUGCAGACGCAGCUGCAGCAGGCGAAGCAGCCGCAGCGGCAGGCGCCGCGGCGGACGCAGGCUCCGACGCAGCUGGUGGUGGCGGCCCACAGGCUGCCAGUCACGUGCGUCAGGGAGCCGCAGGAGGGGGGAGGCGGCUGGAGCGUGCAGGCCAGUCCAUGCUUGUUGUCAUCGGCCAUGUGCGGCAUACAACAGCUGGGGCUGGAAGGGCCGGAGGGGCCGGAAGGAGGAGGAGGCGGGCCAGAAGGGGGCGGCGGCGGUGGCUACCGAGUCACGUGGGUCGGCUGGCCAGGGCUGUGGUUGGAGCCGGGGCCGGAGCGGCGGCGGCUGGAGGCGGCGCUGGCGGCCGGCGGCUACACACCCGUGUGGCUGCAGGAGGACCUGCUGGACCAGCACUACAACGGCUUCUGCAACGGCGUGCUGUGGCAGUUGUUCCACUACGUGCCGCCGCACUACAGCCUCAUGAGCGGAUGGAGGCAGCAGGCCAUGAUGCAGCGCGGCGGAGGCAGUAGCAGCGGAGGAGGAGGCGGAGGAGGCGGAGGAGGAGCAGGAGGAGGAGGCGGUGGAGGAGGCGGAGGUGGAGGCAGUAGCAGUAGCGGUGGGCACAGCGGCGGGCAGGGGCCGCAGUGGGCGGCCUACCAGGCCGUCAACGACCUGUUUGCAGAUGCGGUCAUGGCGGCCGUGGCGGGCAGUAGCAGCAACUGCGGCGGCGAUGGCGGCAGCAGCGGCAAUGGCGGCGGCGGCGGCAACGGUCCCGCCGGGAGUGGCGCCGGUGCCGACAGCGCGGCGGCCACCAGCAAUGGCGGCGGUGUCGCAGCAGGCGGCGGCUGCGGCGGCGGCGCAUCGUCACAGCAGGGGGGCGGUGGCGGGUGUGCUGGGGAGGAGGUGGUGGCGGUGUGGGUGCAGGACUACCACCUCAUGCUACUGCCGGAGGUCAUACGGCGGCGGUGGGCGGCGGCGGAGGCGGCGGCGGACCAGGGAGCGCCCGGCGGCGGCGGCGGCGGCAAGGUGCGGCAGCAGCGGCAGCAAAGGCCGCGGCGGCGGCGGCUGCGCCUUGGCUUCUUCCUGCACACGCCCUUCCCCUCCUCCGAGGUGUACAGGACACUGCCCGUGAGAGAGCAGGUCCUGCGGGGAGUGCUGGGGUCAGACCUGGUGGGCUUCCACACCUACGACUACGCCCGCCACUUCGUGUCCGGCUGCGCGCGACUGCUGGGGCUGGAGGGCACACCGCAGGGUGUGGAGCACGCCAGCGGUGCGCUCACGCGUGUUGCCACCACCCCCACCGGCAUCGACCCGCGCCCCUUCACCCUCCUGCUGCGGGGCGGCCCCGGAGGCGGGCCGGACCCGGGGGUGGCGGCGCACCUGACAGCGCUGAGGCACCGCUUCGCAGGCCGCAAGUUGGUGUUGGGUGUGGACCGGCUGGACCCCAUCAAGGGCCUGCCGCACAAACUGCUGGCGUUUGAGAAGCUGCUGGAGGACAGGCCCGAGUGGAGGGAGCGGGUGGUGCUAGUGCAGAUCGCGGUGCCGCCGCACACCGAGGUGCCCGAGUACCAGCAGCUGAGGAGCCGUGUGCACGAGAUCGUGGGGCGCCUCAACGGCCGCUACGGCAGUCUGACGCACGUGCCCGUACACCACCUGGACACGUGUCUGUCGCGUCAGCAGCUGGCGGCGCUGUACGCGGCGGCUGACGUGGCGCUGGUGACCAGCCUGAGGGACGGAAUGAACCUGGUGUCGUACGAGUAUGUGGCGUGCCAGCUGGAUGACGCGGAGGGCGGCGAGGGGGCGGCGGAGCAGCAGGCGGAGCAGCGGCAAGGCACGGAAAUUGGCGGCAGUGGGGGUCACGUGCCGGGUGUGUUGGUGCUGUCCGAGUUCACGGGCGCAGCUCAGUCACUGGGCAGUGGCGCGCUGCUGGUGAACCCCUGGGACCCGGCUGACGUGGCGGCGGCGCUGCAUGCGGCGCUGGUGAUGGGCGCGGAGGAGCGGCGGGAGCGGCACAGGCAGAACGCGGCGCACGUGCGGACCCACACCGCUCAGCACUGGGCCCGCACCUUCAUCUCCGAGCUGACGGCGCCGCCACAGGGCGGGCAUCAGGGUCAGGGCGCGGCGGCGACAGACCCGCUGCGGGCGCUGCGGCCGUCACCGCCGCCGCCGCUGGAUGUCAAGGCGGUCCUGCGAGCCUACCGCGCCACCGCCGCCGCCGCCAUCAGCAGCAGUAGCAGCAGCAAUGGCAGUAGCAGCAUCAAUGGCAGUAGCAGCGGCGGCGGCGGCCGGGCUCAGCAGUGUGUGCGGCGGCGGCUGCUUGUGUUCGGCUACAGCGGCCUUCUCAGCAGCUUUGGCGGCGGCGGCGGCGGCGGCGGUGGCGGCGGAGGAGGAGCUGGUGCGCCAGCCGCGCCUGUUGUUGGUAACGGCAGUAGCAGCGGCAGUAGCAGGUCGCCGGCUCCAGCAGUAGCAGUAGCAGCAGCAGGGGGCGGCGGCGGCCAGCGGGAGUCCCGAGAUCACGGCGGUGGCAGCGCUGUUGCGCUCACUGGCAGUGGCGACGCCGCCGCCGCCGCCGCAGCCGCCCAGGCAGCCGCCGGCAGUAGCAGCAGUGGCGGCGGUGGCAGUAGCAGUCGUCGUGAGCUGCACGGGGGUUCGAGGGCGCUGCUGGCGCGUGUGGACCCACGGGUCAUGGCCGCACUGAGGCAGCUGGCGGCGGACCCGGCCAAUGUGGUGGUGCUGGUGUCGGGCAGCGACACGGCCCGCAUGGACGCCCUGUUUGGGGGGCUGCUACAGCCGGACCUGCUACAGCCUCCCGCAGCGGACCUGCUACAGCCGCCUGGGCGGCAGCAGCAGCAGCAGCAGCUGCAGCCGCAGCCGCAGCAGCCGUCACAGCGGCCUACCGGGGAAGUGUGGCUGAUGGCGGAGAACGGCGUAUUCGCCAGGCGUGUGGGGCGGCGGGGCGGCGUCAGGGCAGUCAUCACGCCCGCACGCCCUGGGGCGGCGGCGGCGGCGGCGGCAGGCGGUGUGAGAGGCGGUCCGGGCGGCGGCGGCGCGGCGACAGCACCCGCAACCGAGGACACCGCCGCUGCUGCUGACGGCGAUGACGACGACGUGUGGUGUCGGUGGCACUCGCUGUUUGACGUGCAGUCGCUGCCCGCACUGGCGGCCGGCGGCGGCACCGCAGCAUACCUGCCCCCGCAGCAGCAGCAGCGCGGCGGCAGCAGCCGCAGGCACCCGCAACACCCGCAACACCAACAACAACAGCAGCAGCAGCAGCAGCAGCAGCAGCAGCAACUCCAGCAGUCUGUUCAGACGACGACACAAUCGGGCGCCACACCCGCACCCGCACCCGCACCCGCGUCCGCCGCCUCCUCCUCCUCCCACGUCGCCCGCCGCCACCCCGCCACAGGCCCCCACCACCAGCCCCCGCCCUCACCUCCGCCCUCGCCCCAGCCGCCCUCGCCCCAGCCCUCACCCUCGCCGCCUCCGCCUCCCUCCCCUCCGCCGCUCAGCUGGAUGGGCGCGGUGCGGUUGGUGUUGGACUACUUUGCGGAGCGCACGCCGGGCUCGUUUGUGGAGGCGAGGGCCACCAGCCUGGCAUGGAACUACAGGCACACGGACCCCGACUUCGGCCGGCUCCAGGCUCGCGACCUGCUGCAGCACCUGCGCGCCGGCCCCAUCAGCAACGCCCCCCUGGAGGUGGCCACGUGCGGCCGCACAGUAGAGGUCCGGCCGGCGGGUGUGACCAAGGGCCGAGCCAUGCAGCGGCUGCUGGGCCUCAUUCGCGCCUCGUCAUCCGCCCCACCAGACCCAGACCCAGCCGCCUCAGCCGCUGCUACUACAGCUAUUGCCGCUGCCACUGCCAUUGCAGCUGCUGCUACUGCCUCUGCUGAGGGGCCCGGCGUGUCAUCCCCUGCCGCGGUACCAGCGCCCGACAGCCACUCACAGCUGGCAGCUCGCGACGGCGGCGCCGCCAUUUCCGGCGCCCCUGCUACAGCCUCUUCCCAGCCGCCGCCGCCGCCGGCGUCUGACUACAGCUUUGUGCUGUGUGUGUGCGGCCACCUCAGUCCCCACGACGAAGACAUCUACUCCUCCCUGCUACAGCCACCCCCUGCUGCACAACCGCCGCCACCUUCAUCAUCCGCAGCAGGCACGACGGCGCAAACCCCGCAUCAGCCUCAGCCGCUGCCGCCGCCGCCCCCACCUCCCCAGCCCCCACACCAGCCGCACGUGUUCACGGUCACUGCGGGCGGCGGCCGCGACGCAUCCACGAAAGCCGCCUACAGCCUGCAAGCCGGCGGCGGCGAGGUGGGCGGCCUGCUACUGCGGCUGGCGGCGCUCAGCAGCGGCAGUAGCAACAGCGGCGCGGGUGACGGCAGUAGCAGCAAUGGUGCGGGCGAUGGCAGUAGCAGCAGCAGCCGGCCGCAGCGUGGCCACGAGGGCGGGGCCGACCGGUCCGUUGGGGCUCCGGCGGGCGGGGGCCAGCCGCCGCCUGCUGGCGACACGCGCUCGUCUGAGCGGCGGUCGUUCGAGUUCCCAACCUGUGCAGGCGGCCCGGUGCAGCCGCUUGCAUCUGCAGGUGCGCCACCACCCGCGCCAACAGCAGCACCACCCACACCAGCACCAGCAGCAGCAGCCGCCGUGCAAGGCGAUGAUGUGUUCGUCACUUGCCACUCGCCGGUGCGCCUGCGGCAGGCGCGGCAGCAAACCAGCUACAGCAGCGACGGCGGCCCCGGCGGCCCUGGUGGCGGUGGCGGCGGCGCCGCCGCCGCAGCCGCGGCCCGAGGCACCAGCGGCGGCAGUAGCACGCGCACCAGCGGGGGAGGUGGCGGCGGCAGUAGCAGCGACACGCCGUCCUCGCCCUCGCCCUGGCGCCGGGCAUCCAUCAGGGCCUGGCCGUCGGCGGCAGCCCUGGCGGCGGCAGUAGCAGCGGCUACUGCUACAGCCGCGGCGGGCGCCGCUGCGCCGGCGGCUGUAGCAGGUGGUGCCGGCGGCGGCAGCGGCCCCAACAGCGGCACGCUGCCAGGCAUUGGCAGUAGCACGGCCGGCGGCGUCGGCAGUAGCUCGGGCGUGUGGUCGGCAUCGGCUGGCGCGGCUGCGCCGGCGGCGGCUGAUGGCGGCGCCGGCAGCAGCAUCUGGGCCGGCUAUGGUGGCGGUAUGCUACAGCCGGCGGCGGCGGCGGCGGGUACGGUCUCUCCCACGUCGCUGCUACAGCCGCCGUUGCCGCUGCGGCGCGGGCUGCCGGGUAGUAGCGGCGGCAUGCUGCGGGGGAGCAGUGGCGCCCUUAGCAACAUGUCCGGACUCACGUCGGAGCAGCUGCAGUCGGGGGGCGGCGGCGGCGGCGGCGGCACCGGCGGCGGCAUGGGCGUGUGCCGGCUGAGCUCCGUCUACUCCACCGACGCCCUCAUGCUGGACCAGCUGCUACUGCCGCUCGGCCUCAGCAGCUACAGCCCAGGCGGCGGCGGCGGCGGCGGAGCAGGCGGCGGCAUGCUACUGCCGGCGGCGGCUGCCUCGCCCGCUGCACUGGAGGGAGCGCUGUCGGGCACAGCAGCAGCAGCAGGUGCUUCUGCCGCCAGCGGUGCCGGUGCCGGUGCCGGUGCUACAGCCUCGGGCGGCGGUCUGCCCUCGCUGCCUGCGUGGCGCUGGGUGGCGCCGUCUCCGCGGGCCGCCGCCGCCGGGGGCGGACAUCAGGAGGCGGCUGGCGUGGGUGGUGUGGCGCCGCUGGGUGCGGCCGCAGGUGCCGGCGGCCGCGGCGGCGGCAGUGCGGGCUCAAUGUGUGGGGGUGGUGGGGAUGAGGGGCAGCAGGUGGAGGGCGAGGGCGAGGGCGAGGGUGGUGGUGGGCUUGGGAGUAGUGGUGCUGGGGGCCCGGCGGGUGGCUUGUGGUCGCCUUUCACCGCGGUGCGGCCCCGGCGGCCUCAGCAGCAGCCCCAGCAGCAGCAGCCCCAGCAGCAGCAGCAGCAGCAACAGAUGCUGCGGCUGCAGCAGCAGCAGCAGCAGCAGCAACAGCAGCAGCAACAGAUGCUGCGGCUGCAGCUGCAGGCGCGGCAGUGGAUGAGCGAAGGGGGAGAGGCCGCGUGGCAGCCCGCGGGGGGCUCCGUGGGUGCGGGAGACGUUGGGCGUGGGGGCGGCGGGAUCCAGGGCGGUGAGGGCGGAGGCGGGGCACGGCUGAUGAGUGUGGGGGGCUGCAGGGAAGACGGAGGAGAGCAGCAGGCACCCUGGCAGUGGCAGCACCCGCAGUGGCAGCAGCAGCCGGCGCGGCGGCUGUGGCAGCAGCAGGAGGAGCGGGCAGGUGACUCAGUGGCUGCAGUGGCUGCAGUGGCGGCGGGUUGGGAGCAGGGCGGGGAGCUGGCGCGGGGGACACAGCCACUUCAGAGGGGUCGUGGCAGCAGGGGCCGCCACGAAGAUGCCGGAGAUGGGGGCGAGGCGGCGGGCCGGCAGGCGGCUCAGGAGGAGGCGCCGCUGCCGCUGCCGCCCACGCCGCCGCGGCGUCAGCCCGAGGCCUUCUCACCGCGGGGGCCGCGCCUGAAUGACGGCAGCAGCCCGGUGGUGGCGGCGGUGGCAGCGGCAGCGGCGGCAGCGGCGGCGCGAGAGGGCCAAGGCGGAGGAGGAAGGGAAGGAGGGGAAGGAGGGGGAGGAGCAGGGGGAGGGCCGCGCCCGGAGUGAUGUGUGUGUGUGGCGGCCAAAGAGACAGCAAGGCAAAUAAAGGGCACGAAGCAGCUGCCAGCCAGCAAGUGCUGGAGUGGGCGUGUGCGGGUGGCUGGCGGCUGCAGCCGCAGCCGGCGCCGCCGUGUUGGCAGGACAAUAACAGUAGUUUGCUGUCGGUAGUUCUAGAGUACAGUUAGUCUUAGUGUAUUGAGAUUUGCGUGUGUACGCAUGGAUAGAUGUGCAGAGAGUUGUGUGCUGUAGUUACAAUGCGCAGGAGCGGCACACAGGUAGGCUAGGCACUAGGAUGGAAGUUUGUUGCUUUAGAAUGUUUGCUGUGAUGGUGUGCGGAGAGUUGUGAGGCUUGCAAACAGCUAGCGAUGUUGAUGAAUGACUGUAAAGUGUAAGCUAGCGCGAGCGCACGGUGCGGUGCCGUAGUCAGGCAUGUAGAUAAGCUGGGAUAGGAGGCAUGUUCGUUCUGCAUGUUGUUUUGGUAGUUGUGUGUGAGACAUUGGCGCAUACAUGUUGGCUAAUGAGGAAUAAGGGCGACACGGCUGCAAUGCAUGUCCAAAGGGGCGGAAGGGCCACUGAGGUGUCCUCGUCCUCAACGGACCGGUGCGCCCGCACCCGCUGCCUGUGCCCGACACUGUCCGCCACAGCCCGCUGGUUACGUCGGGAUGACGACGCAGCAGGCGAGCCUCGUCGCGGCUGUCCAUGCGGGCUGCCACUGUCCAACCGACCGGGGGCAUUCCCAGGCAACUGGGCAACGGUAACAAAUGC